GGGGAAUGGGAAGCGCGAGGGUUCGCCGGCUGCUGUUCAGAGCGCAGAGGAGGAGGGAGGGAGCGGAGGUCGGGUGCCUGGAAGCACAGGCAUAAAAAGGCUGGAUGAUAAUGGAUGGACUGCUGGGCUUGCAUUCUGAAAGAUUGGAAUUCAGAUCCUGCCACUGACACUUAUUAACUGUUGUGACCUUGAGCCACUUAACCUGUGUGUUCCUCAAGCAACUCCCCAAGGCCUAUGUACUAGGUACUGGGUCUUUGAUCUGUUUCACUGUUCUUGUGCUGGUGAAAUGACAGAACCUGAGAUUAUAUACUCUAUUUAAAUUUGACAAGAAGAUAACUGUCUAGGGACUCAUUCUGGUACAGUAGAAAAAGCACUGACUCUGGAGUCAGGGGAGUGUAGUAGAAAGUGAACUGGUUCUGGAGUCCGGGGACCUGGUUUCUAAUCCUACCCUUUGCUUAUUUGUGUGAGCUGGCCUCAGUUUUCUCUGCAAAGGAAAAUGACCUCUAUAUUAAAAAACACAAUGAGGGGAGAGGGAGGUGACAAACCAGAGUAUUGAUAUCCGAGAUAAAUAAGAAGAUAAUGAGAGAGUACCUGGCUCCACUUGAAGAAUUCAAGUCACCUGACCCAAAUGAGCCACAUCAUUGGAUCCUGAAAGAUCUAACAGAUGUGAUUACUGAGCCAUUGUUAGCUAUAUUUAAAAUAUCGUGGAAAUGGAAACGGUCACACAAGAUUGGAGAAAGGCAAAUGUCCCAAUUUUCAAAAAAGGGAAGAGAACAGAUUCUGCAAAAUAUAGGCCACAAAUCAUUAAAGAGUUGGUUGGCAAACAUCUAGAUUGGGAAGUGGUGAUUACAGAGACUACUUGGCUUCAUCAAAAGCAGAAUGGAAACAGACUAUAGUCACAUGGAGCUUAGCAGUAACACAGAAAUUGAAGAAGAUUCUGAAUUUCAAGAUUUUGAAAGAACAGACGUAAAAGACAUGAGACUAGAAGCUGAAGCUGUUGUGAAUGAUGUUCUUUUUGCUGUUAGCAACAUGUUUGUCUCCAAAAGUCUUCCUUGUUCAGAUGAUGUUGCAUAUAUCAAUGUGGAAACAAGAGAAAGGAACAAAUACUGCCUGGAGCUCUCAGAAGCAGGGCUUAGGGUGGUGGGUUAUGCUUUUGACCAGGUGGAUGAUAAUAUACAAACUCCCUACCAUGAGACAAUAUACUCCUUGUUGGAUACCCUUAGUCCAGCAUACCGAGAAGCAUUUGGAAAUGCACUCCUACGAAGACUGGAAGCUUUGAAACAGGAUGGACAGUCAUAAUUUAUUAUACAUUAUAAACUUAUUUUCUGUUAGGCUUGCUGCUGGAAACUUUUUAAAUUUAGAACCUGGAUUCUUGCUAAUGAAUAUAAUAUAAAAUCAUUUUUUGUUUUGUUUUUCAGUGUAACUGCUUGCUUCAGCUAUAUAGGCUUCUCACUCCAAGCAGUAUUAAUAAUAAACUGUUCUUGUUACUUUUCUUCCACCUAGGGAAUGUGGCAGCCCCUGGUUUGUGAUAUAGAUCAUGAAUAUGUUUAGAUUUCUUUGGAAUACUACUUAUGCAGUUUGGGGAAAAAAAACAGUAUUUUACUAUAAAAAAGCAGGGCUUUACUGCAUCUAGUACUGCAUAUGGAAUUCUAGGCUUGCCUAAUAAAAUUGGCAUUCUAAUUAAUUCUCUACAAUUUUAAUCCAGCUUGCUAAAUCAGGGGUUCAAUAUUAGCUUGGACUGAAUUUGUAGUGAUUAUUUUGCUACUGGCCUUACAGGGAACAAAUUAUCAACUAGUUUCCCCUGCACAAACUUUUAAAUUGCUUAAACUAUUUAUACUAGUGCGGAUUGAUAAAAAUGAACUAAUUGUAUAUAAUUUAUCUAGUAUUAUUGUGCUAAAUGACACAGGGAUUAGAUUAGUUUUAUGUAUCCUAUUUGCAACCAUCAGCCAGCUAAAUAAAGGAUAAACCUUUAGCCUAUGAAUGUAAAAAUUACUAUCUAAUCUCCAAGAUACCGAAGCACAGAAUAUAAAAAUAGGCUCCAUCUUUUUUUCUUAACAAAGAACAUAAUAAAGUUGCAUUGUUAAAAAGAUGUUAUAAUCUGUUUUCCUGGGAAACAAUAUUUUGGUCCAUGUUGAUUCUUAUUUUUCUGAAUGUUUGUUUACAUAAUGUACAGUGUUUAUAUAUUCAAAAGUAUUUUUGCUUCAAUGUUUACUUUAUAAAAUGUAGUCCUUUGGUAUCCUGUGAUGCUUCCCUUUUUCCCUUCAAAUGUACAGUGUUUUGUCUCAAUGCUAAAUCUACAAUGUAAUAAUGCAUUGUAUGGGUUUGAAACCAAAGGACAUAUGAAGCAUUCAAAGACUAAUAUUUGGAAAAAGGAUACUCUGUAUUUUGUAUUUUAUUACAAGUACUAAUAUUUGUAAGUUUAUUUAACUGAAUAAUGCUGCUAUGUGUUUUCAGGUAUAUGUUGGAUGGGAACAAAGGGGAUUGGUUUUUCAAUAAUCAGCUAACACCAUAGUAGAAGUAAAAUUCAAUACCUGGAUAUGCUUCCUAAGUCUACUGAAUUUACAAAAUGUUAUUCUUUGUUUAAUAAUAAAAGAUAUUCAUUUUUGUUCUGACUAAAUAUUAAUUUGUGUAGGCCAGAGCAAACUAAACAUUAAUUUGGAUUUUGUAGUCAAAUCUCAUUGGAAUGCUUUCGUUAAAUUUCAGAAGACGCAUAUUUGUAGCUUUGUUUUCAAUGCUAAACAGUAAAAACAACUUGGAUUUGAAUUAAAUUUUCUCAUGCUUAUUCUCAGGCUAACUAUAA